UCCAUUUUGCUCAAAAUAACCAAAACCCUUUUUUCCUCUCACUCUCUCUCUCUUUUAAUUUUUAUAUAUGUAAAUCAAUUCUUAUGCAUUCACAAAUUAGUUUUUUUUUUUUUUAAGAAAAGGUUAUUAAUGGUCUGGUUUUCCAAAGAUCCCAUUUUUGAAAACCCCUUUUUCUCAAACCCUUUUUCUCCCAAAUCAUAAUCCACUCAUAACUACUUCAAAAGCCCUCACCUCACCUUUUUCUCUUCAAAUAUAUAUUCAUCUUUUCAUUAUAAUGUUUAUCAAUAAUAUGGACUACUCCAACACCACCACCGCCACCCCACCACCGCCAUUGCCGGACCUUUCCUUGCACAUAAGUCCACCCUCGGAUUCCGGCAAUCAUUAUUUCAACCACCACCACCAUCACCACCACCACCACCAACCUCAAAUCUAUAGCAACCAUUUCAAAAGAGGCCCAAAAAUGGGAUUUGGAUCAAUUAAAAGAAGCAUUAGAGCUCCAAGAAUGAGAUGGACUACCACUCUCCAUGCCCAUUUUGUCCACGCCGUUCAGCUCCUUGGUGGCCAUGAAAGGGCAACACCAAAAUCAGUCUUGGAGCUGAUGAAUGUGAAGGAUCUAACCCUAGCUCAUGUAAAGAGCCAUUUACAGAUGUAUAGAACAGUGAAAAGUACUGACAAAGCCACUGACUCAGCCAUGAAGAACCAAAGGCAAGAAAUUGAUGGAAGUGGUGUUUCAAAUUGUGAGAUAUCUAAUAAUCCAUCACUUACAAUGUGGAAAAGCCCUAAUAAAAAAAUGAAGUUGUUCUGUUCAUCAAUGGAGACAAACCAAGAGAUGACGAGCAGAUGGAAUCAAUUUUGCAACAACACUAUUGGAAACAACCAGCAGCAAGAGAAGGACCGACACAAUGGAAAUGCAAAUAUGAAAAUCUCGAGUGGUGUGAACAAUCACAAUAAUAAUAGUAAUAAUAAUCUUAACUUAGAUUUCACUUUGGGAUGCCCUAAUUAUUCUCUAACAAUCCAUUCUAAUCCUCACUCUUCAUCUACUGAACUUCCUCUUCUCAAAUGCUAAUUGGGGGUUUUGAUCA